GGGCAGAGCCGGCAAGGGCGGGACUGGCCCGCUGCGGACAGACGAGGGAGCCGCGGAGCUAACGGGUCCGGACGCCGCCAGCGGCGGCGGCUUUCUGCACGGGCGGAGGCGGCGGCAGGAGCGGCGAGCAUGGCCCGCGCUGCGCCCGGCGCUGACUGAGGGUCAUGCUGUGGCAGCUUGGCAUCUGACGAGAGCAAGGGGGAACCUGCCAGAGGAUUACUGCUAGCACGAGCUAACAGCGGGACAGCAGGCCUCAGGGGAGUGGGGAUGGGCAGAACAGCCUGUGAGGCUGGGCCAGCGGUACCAAGGAGGCCUGGGCCCUGGCAGGGAGCUCGGCGCAAGCUCAGCUGACCCAGCCGGCAUUCACAGCAGAUCCCUGCUGAGCAGCAGCUGUCCCCAGGCUCUGGAGGACCUCACAGCAGGAGCAGGCGCUCUGUGAGCCCCCCUGCAACCACAGUUGGGGCUGUGACCAUCAAGAGAAGGGAGCAGCGCCUCGAAUGGGAAGCGGAAGGGCAGAACCUAGUGCAAGGAGGAUCUUGGUGUCUGCAGGAGAGUUUUCUGACACCCACAGAGCUUUCUGGGUUUCUUCUCUCAGGACUGGGGCAUCAUUCCCUCCUCCAGUGGAGGGUUUGGGCCAGGAGGGCCAACUGAGGUGGGGACAACUCUUGGAUGGAAUCCAGGCCACUUGAAGCUCAUGUGCUCUCUGCUGUGAUUGGGGUUCAAAGGCUUCCCCACUGCAGGGGACGAGGGGCCGCCUCCGUGUCUGCUCAUGAACCACAAGGACCCCGAAUGCCCCAGACUGGACCAUUUCGAGCCACCAAAGAGGGGGGCCCCCGGAGCUGGCAGCCAGCAACCCCAAGGGACUAGAGGGCUGGAAUGGACUGACCUCCCCCUCACCAGGUCGGCAGGAGAAUCAGAGCCUCUGUGGCCCAGCUAGUAACAGAGAGACCCGAUGAAGCCAUAAGCAGGGGCCCGAGUGGCCCAGGGACAGGGGAGCCACUCCUGCCUACAUUCUUUCUCCUUACAUUGAGGGAGGGUGUGGUGAGGGACCCCUGCCUCUAUACCCUCCUCAGCACGUGCCCCUAUGCCCUUUGCACAUGGUGCCGGAAAAGGCAGGCUACCCUGUGGCUGCCCCAUUAGUAAGCUGGGAAAGGAGUGGCCACGGUGACACCCCUCUGCCCACCAAGCCGGUGGUCUAGCCCCCCGGGGCGCCAAACCAUGAAGUGCUCCCUGCGGGUGUGGUUCCUCUCUGUGGCCUUCCUGCUGGUGUUCAUCAUGUCACUGCUCUUCACCUACUCCCACCACAGCAUGGCCACCUUGCCCUACCUGGACUCUGGGGCCCUGGGCGGGACCCACCGGGUAAAGCUGGUGCCUGGCUAUGCUGGCCUGCAGCGCCUCAGCAAGGAGGGGCUCCCCGGCAAGAGCUGUGCCUGCCGCCGCUGCAUGGGUGACGCCGGUGCCUCUGACUGGUUUGAUAGCCACUUCAACAGCAACAUUUCCCCUGUGUGGACACGAGAGAACAUGGAUCUGCCUCCAGAUGUCCAGAGGUGGUGGAUGAUGCUGCAGCCCCAGUUCAAGUCACACAACACCAACGAGGUACUGGAGAAGCUGUUCCAGAUAGUGCCAGGCGAGAACCCCUACCGCUUCCGGGACCCCCACCAGUGCCGGCGCUGUGCCGUGGUGGGGAACUCGGGCAACCUGCGGGGCUCUGGCUACGGUCCAGAUGUGGAUGGGCACAACUUCAUCAUGAGGAUGAAUCAGGCGCCAACUGUGGGCUUUGAGCAGGAUGUUGGCAGCCGAACUACUCACCAUUUCAUGUACCCCGAGAGUGCCAAGAACCUGCCCGCCAACGUCAGCUUUGUGUUGGUGCCCUUCAAAGCCCUGGACCUACUAUGGAUUGCCAGCGCUUUGUCCACGGGGCAGAUCCGAUUCACCUAUGCACCAGUGAAGUCCUUCCUUCGAGUGGACAAAGAAAAGGUUCAGAUCUACAACCCAGCCUUCUUCAAGUACAUCCACGACCGGUGGACAGAGCAUCACGGGCGGUACCCUUCCACAGGGAUGCUGGUGCUCUUCUUUGCCCUGCAUGUGUGUGAUGAGGUGAACGUGUACGGGUUCGGGGCCGACAGCCGGGGCAACUGGCACCACUACUGGGAGAAUAACCGGUACGCGGGCGAGUUCCGGAAGACGGGGGUGCACGACGCCGACUUCGAGGCCCACAUCAUCGACAUGCUGGCCAAGGCCAGCAAGAUCGAAGUCUACCGAGGCAACUGAGCCCGGCCUCGCCGCGUCUCUUCCGGGCCAGGAGCGAACCUCCGGCGCUGGCUCCUAGCCCGGACUCCAGGCCAGCCGACCGGCGGCAGCCUCAGCGUGGGCACCGCGCCCCAUUGGGCGUUUCCAGGCCCUGGGAAACGACUCCAGGCCGCUGUGUGGACCAAUCAUGCUGCAAGUCCAGCGAGCGCCGGCUGUCCCUCUCCAAUCAUGAGAUUGGGGACUAGCCUGGGCCUGGCACCAAUCAGCGCUGCAGUCGGAGCGGAGGCUUUUUCUCCCAACCAAUCAUGAGACUCAAGGAGAACUUCUGGCUCUGGGCCCGUCUCCUCCAAUCAAUGGCCUUCGGGGGCGGGCCGGCGGCCGCUGAAACCCCUCUCCCCUAUGCUUUGGGUAGGAUUUUAUUUCAUGCUUUUUAAGGAACAGAGGUUGGUUCAGGCCUCGGUGAAGUACUUUUCCUCAGUGUCUGCAGGAGCAGUAUUGGUCGCUCGUCGGCCUCACUCGGUCAGGGGCGCCAAGGAGGAGGUGGUGGGGAAGGUAUGGGGUA